UAAACAGUGUUGCUAUGGACAAACAUGGUGGGAAAAUGUGUUACUGAAAACAUUUGUAUGAACAUUUUAGACAUUUUGUGAAUAUUGAUCUGGGAUUAAGGCCUGCUAAGCGAUACCUUGGCAUCAUUGAAUACUUGUGUCAUUUGUGGAUAUAAAUAUGGCUGACGAGGAGGGACAAAGUGCGCCAGUAGCACAAGAAGAAGAACAGAAACAAGAUGAAAUCGCUGCAGAACCAGUGAAGGAGGGGGAGGGGGAAACACAGGAACAAACAGGCGAAAAAUCUGAAGCCAAAGUAGAAGAGGCUCCAAAGGAGGAAGAACCCAAGAAGGAUGAUGCUGAACCACCAUAUGGGGAAACUGGUACAACCGAGGAAAAAUCUCAAGAUGUAAAUGAGAAUGCAGGAGGUGGCCAAGAAGGGGAAGAAAAGGAAGGGGAACAACAAGAAAAUACUACAGAUGCACCGACAGAACCAACUGCCCCAGAGACAACAGAAGGGGCUGGGGAGGCAGGGCAACUACAGACAGAAACAUCUGAAGUAGAAGGGGAAACCAAACCUGCACCUACAGAAAAAGAUGAGGAAACUGCACAGGAAACUGUUGCAGAAGAGGAAGAGAAAUUGGUACCAGUUUUUACAACAGAUACGUCAAUGGAUGUAGAGCAACCAAAACCAAGCGAAGUAAGUGAACAAGCACCCACUGAGGCUCCCGUGGUAGAGGCACCAUCCACUGAAGCUCCGAAAGAGGCCACACAGGCAGACAUGUCGCAACAGCAGAGUGAAACAGCUGGUCCAACUGAGGAGACCACUGGACAAAGCCCACGUACAGUUACCCGCGAAAAAACAUUAUCUCCUCCACCACCUACUGAAACCAUGGGUACAAUGAGCACGCAACAAGAACCACCUCCUGAAACCAACCUAAUUCCAGAUGCUCCGAAAAUCCCAGUUAUUGAGAGGGAGCCGUCUCAGAUGGAAGGCACCAUGUCAAAUACAGCUUUGAAUGUUGUGUGGUCAUUUGGACUGAACAGGAACAUCCCAGUGAAGAACCUCACGGAUAACAACAGGAAACUGAUCAUGUAUGCCUGUGCUCAUGUUGGUGUUUUGUACGACUAUGAGGCUAACAGACAACACAUUCUACAGGGCCAUGUGAACCCCUUGACAUGCACAUGCGUGAGUGAGGACAAACGCUGGCUUGCAACUGGAGACAAGGGCAAGGACAGUAUGGUCAUCAUCUGGGACACUUACACAGGAGUUCCUGUACAAACAAUUUUUGAUGAUGACCAGGAAGGUGGAGUGGUUGCCAUGGCAAUGACCCCUGAUGCUCGUUACCUAGCAACACUUAGUUCUGCAAAGAAACAGGUACUGGCUAUCUGGGACUGGACAGUGGAUGGAGAAAAUCCUAUGUGCACAGCUGAGCUGAGUCCAAACUAUGGUGUCCAAAACUUCAUCAAAUUUAAUGAAGAAGACAUCCAUUAUCUAGUGACAAACAGUGACUCACAAGUUGUUUUCUACCACUGGAGUGACAGCCACAUGGAGUACUUCGCUCCACCACUGACAGAUCAAGAUUUCAACAAACCUGUUGGACGUUACAGUCAGUCUAUCUUCCAGCGGAACAGUUCCAGAGUUUACUCCGGAACUUCCAUCGGAAAUCUUGUUGUCUGGGACAAUAACAAACCUGUCACAAAGUUAAAGAGUAUGGAGCUUUCUGCCAACAAAAAGGCACUCAAGAUCAUACGCCUUCAAGACAGAGGGAUCAACGUCCUUCAAACAACUGAAAAAUACAUUGUGGUUGGAGACAUGGCCGGCCAUGUCAAAUUCUUUGAUGAAAGUCUAAAACUAGUACACUGGUAUCAAGAUUUUCACCUGGGACCAAUCACAUCAGUCUCAUUUGCAUACGAUGCUGAUUUCCAAGCAGUAGCUAAAGAUGGAACAAACUAUCCUCCUGAUGCCACCAUUGAAGCCAAAAAAUUUGUCAUCAAAGAUUUUGUGGUUGGCAGUAGUAUUGCUAUUGUUGGAAGUAUAACAGCAGAUGGCACCAAGGUCAAGGUGAUACACAGAGAACACGAUGCAGCUAUCCACGCCCUAACAGCUCAUCCCAGACUACCCUACAUUGUGAUUGGGAGUUACUCAGGUCUUCUGAAGAUAUGGGAUUAUGAAAAGAAACAAGUUAUGGUCACCAGAAUGUUUGAAAAAGGAAAUCUGAUUCGCUGCUGCUCUUACGAUCCCAAAGGAGCUUACAUUGCUGUUGGUUUUGUGAAUGGUUCAGUAAGGAUAUUGGAUUCCAUUACCUUGAAAGAUGAAGUUGCUGAACCGUUCCGAUACGCACGAGAUGCUAUCACCCAUAUUGCAUUCUCCCAUGAUUCCAAGUUCAUUGCCACUGCUGAUGCAGAGUUCACGAUGACGUUAUUCAAGCGACAAAGAGGUGAUGAGGAGCCUUACAUGUACCUUGGUCGGUACCGUGCCCACUACAAGCCUAUUAAGGACAUUAUGUUUGGUGUUCAUCUGGACACUGAUCAGCCCCGUCUACUUUCACUCGGCAUGGACAGAGUUCUGGUGGAGUAUGACCUUGAAAACAGUGAACAAGAUGACAUUCGCAUCUCAAGCACUGAUAGGAUAGAGCAGAGUGCUGUCCCACAAUGCAUGGCCUGGUAUCCACCAAUCACAAAAGAGCAUUUCAUAGUAACAGCCAAUGAUCAGUUUAAAUUCAAGCUCUACAAUGCCACGACGAAAAUGUGUAGGAAGACACUGCUGGGUCCAACCUAUGGCAGCCCAAUCCAAAAGCUGUGCGUGUUGCCCACCAAGGAUCCAGCGCGAGACAAACGUUACGUAGCGUACAUCACGAAGUACAAGGUGGGACUACACAUCUUACCACUGGACGGCAACCCACACAACGCCAUGGCUUUAAUUGCACAUCCAGCAGAGGUGGCAAACAUGGCGUGCAGUCACGAUGGGAAAUACAUCUUCACAUCAGGAGGAACAGACUCUACAGUCCACAUGUGGGAAAUUAACCUCAAAGCAUUAGAAGCCCAGUCCAGCCUCGGGGGUGAAGACCUUGUCCCAUUCUAUGGACUCCUAGAAGGAGGUAGAGAGGGGGAACUGUUUGCUGAGCUAGAGGACUAUUUUUACUACGCCCAGAUCAGAAAUAAAGGCGUCAAUGACAUGGGAAGAAGGGAGGUUUCAACCAAGAUUCCACUGUCCGAGGUUCCCUUUGUUAUGAGGGCUAUGGGGUUUUAUCCCUCCGAACAAGAGAUUGAAGACAUGCUAAAUGAGGUGAAAUUUAGUCGAUAUGUAGAAACUGGACAAUACGUUGAUUCCAUAGAUCUUGGAGAAUUCAUCAAAUUAUACACAAACCAUCGUCCAGCCUUUGGCUUAGACCCUGAGAAGUUGGUGGAAGCGUUUGAUAUUCUUGGGGUAGCAACACACAAGGGCAGUGCCAUUGAGAGAGGAGAUCUCCUUGACUUCCUACAAACUAAAGGAGAACAUAUGACAGAGUAUGAGCUAGCAGAAUACUUGACAACAUUGCUAGGGUUCAACGCUGAAGGCGGAAGUAGCGAGCUUCAGGAAUUCGAUUCCUCACAAGCUGGUGAUGUCAUCGACCAAAACCUUCCUCAUCAGAUUACAGCAGACAUGUUCUCUAAGGAAGUGCUAGGAUUUUCCAUGUACAAUGAAACACCUCAGAGUGAAAUGUAACAAGAUCUCUGAUUGGUGCAUUAGAGAUAUAACAUCCAAAAAUGAAAAAUAUAACAAGAUCUCUGAUUGGUGUAUGUAAACGUGUUUAAUAACCACAAUCCAGAGUGAAAUGAAACAAGACCUUUGAUUGGUGCAUUCAAGAUUUCGGCAGUACAUCCAACAAUUAAAUGUAGCAAUAUCUCUAGAUGGUGGAUUUAAGACUAGAACAGCCACAUUGAACAGAUAUUGACAUGUAAUAAGAUCUUUGAUUGAUGCAAAAAUGUUAAACAACUGCAUCCUAGUUUGAAAUGUCAGAAGAAAUCUUAGUGCAAUUAGAUCCUUUACGUUAAGAACAAGGUUCAGUAAAAUGAAACAAGAUCUUUUAUUGUACAACAACCUUUUAUUUGGAGAUUUUAUAUUUUCGUUCUCAGACAAAAUGAUUUGUUUAUGUUUUGAAUAACUUGUUCCAUUGUGAAGGGUACAGACUCAAUCAUAUGUGUUUAUUUUUUGAGUUAGAAGUUAUCUUGUUAUAUGAGAAGCUUCCAUUUUGACAGAACAUUUUCAAAAUGCAGAUACUUAGUAGAAAAGAAAUUUUGUUUCAGUCAAAAAAGUUGUCUUUAAUAAUUUGGUAUUGUUAUUCUAAUUGUAAAUAUGAAGCUUAUUUCAAUCUACAAAGUUAUCUGUGAUAAUAAUUUAUAUGUUUUACUUACGAAAAAUGUAUAUAUUUACAUAAAAUGUUGACAUUAAUAAUUUAUGAAAAAUAUAUACAUUUAAGAUAAAUUGCGUAUGUUCAUAUUCCACAUACACCUCUUUUUUAUAUUGCUUAAAAUCCAUGUAAAUAUAUGUAAGUAUGUAAAUAUCAAAGCAAUAUAAAUGUGAAGGAAUAAAGAAACUUGAUUGAUGAUUAUUUGUUUUAGAUUUCG